UUGAAAGGUUGGCGCGCGCUUCGAGAGCGGCAGUUCGGCCUGCCCCGAGAAUGUCGGUGUUGCGGCCUCUAAGCAAGCUGCCCGGCCUGAACAUAGCCACCAUCUUGCUGGUGGGCUCGGAGGAUGCGCUUCUCCAGCAGCUGGCGGACUCGGUGCUCAAGGAGGACUGCGCGUCCGAGCUGCGGGUCCACUUGGCGAAGUCCCUCCCUCUGCCCUCUAAUGUGAAUCGACCCCGCAUUGACCUGGUUGUGUUCGUGAUUAAUCUUCACAGCAAAUACAGCCUGCAGGUUGUAGAGGAGUCCCUGCGCUACAUGGAUGCCAGCUUCUUCCUGGGCAAGGUGUGCUUCCUGGCCACGGGUGCUGGGCGGGACAGCCACUGCAGCGUCCACCGGAACGCGGUCGGGAAGCUGGCCCACACCUACCGAAGCCCCCUGUUCUUCUGCGACCUGGAGGUGGACACCUUCCGGGCCAGUCUGGCGCAGCGCCUGGUGCGCAUGCUGCAGGUCUGCGCCGGCCAUGUGCCUGGCGUCUCGGCGCUGAACCUGCUGUCCCUGCUGCGGAGCUCCGAGAGUCCCCCGCCAGAGGAGCUGUGAGGACAGGCAGAGCACAGCAGGCCCAGCCAGCCCUCCCAUCCCACACUCGCUCUGCCGGAGCCCUGGGUCUUCCUUGUGUGACACACACAUCCCUACUUAAGAUUUCACCAGAACAAAGGGCCGGUGGCUAAAAAUGGUCUGAAAAUCAUUGGUCUUAUCCACUACUUUGACUUUGCAGAUGAGGAAACUGACUCAGAACAAUGGGGGCGGGUGGGCUAUGGGCUCUACGAGCUGAGUGGCCCACAUCCUGGCCCUGCUCUUCCUAGGAACCUGGUUGUUGUCCUUGGGAGCCUCAGUUUCCCCAGGUGUGAGUCAAGAUGGUCAGUCUGCCGUGGCACAUCAUGGGGGUUGAAUGAAGUGACGGCUGUGUCACUCCCGUGUUUGCUUGGUUAAUCUCAGCACAGAAGUGGGAGGCACUCGGAGAACAACUGUGAUUUGAAAUCUCGCAGAGCUGCGCCUAACAGCUGGGAAUCGUGCCACCAAGGCCGGAGGUAUAUGAGGCCCGAGCAGCUGGCCUGAAGGCCCUGGGUUGCGGGGAGAGAUUAUGUGGACCCCGCAGCUUGCCGCCUCCUGCCUCUGCUAGGCUAUUUGUGGAAGUGCUGGGACAGGGCUCUAGGAACCCUGUCAUUCUGGUGAAAGCCCAGUGCCACUGCUGCAGGGACAGGGGAGCACCCAGAUGCUCAGAACUUGGCGCUGAAGAGUGGCCCGGCGCCUGAGGCCUUUUGCAGAAACCUGGGUGCUUCCUGCCCUCAGCCCCAGCCCAGCCCUGCAUGACAUCCUGGCAGCGCAGCCUAUGCUGUGGUGUCACCAGUGUCCCUGGUACACAGGCUCCUGCUCUUCUUCAGAGGAUGGGCCAACUUCUAACCCUUGUCAGUGCCAGGAGGGUAGGGCCUGCCACCAGCACCUGGCCCGGGCCGCCCCUGUCACUGGUGUACAGCGAGGCCUUGUUCAUACCUGGCUGGCUCCACGGCAGCCCUGGGCCCCACUGAAGACCUCAGCUGUGCGGAUCCGGUCGUGGCCCCAGAGUCACCUGACAUUUGCAGCACAUCACGCUUCGCCGAGCUCUUCUCAAAGCAGCCACCCCUCCCCCCAGCAGCCCUGUGAGGUCACCAAUUUCUCUCCAUUUUACAGUUUCUGAAACUGAGACUAUUGUCAUCAGGGGUGUGGCUGCUGUCACAUGGCCAGGUGGUCCUGUAGGGCUUGACUGGCAUUGUGGUGUCUCUGCCAGGCAGGCCUGAGCUGGAGACGAGAGGCCUGAGCAGAGGCCCAUGAGUGGCCUUCUCAAAGGGCCUGGGGACACAUCAUCAUGAGUCCCUUUGGUGUCCUGUGCUGGAAGGGGGCUCUGCAGGGCCCUGGGGAGGAUGCUGCGUGGACACGGCCUGUUCCCUGUCCUGGACAUGUCCCCUGUGCUGCAGACACAAGGCCUUCCCACAGCUCUGACCCUGCCCCAGCCAGCAUGGGGCAUGCCUCUCACACCAGGUCCCUGUGCCACAUUUUCUUUGCCACCUGGUGCCAUUUAACAAGAGAAAUGGCAUUGCAUUCUCCAGCGAGAACCUGGGAGCCUUCCAAAUGCCAAGGGAACUCAACAUGUCACCGCUGCCAGCUCCCUGCCGAGCCUGGCACAGUCUGGAACUGAGAGGCCGCCUCGAGCUGGGGGUUGGCCUGCCCUGCCUCACAGCAAAGCUGAGUGACAUGUAGAUGACAGCCAGGUGCCCUGGCCCUGCUGUCCCCAGAAGGCUGGGGAUGGAUGGACAAGUAAUUGUUGAUUGCCAACACCUGGGGCCCAUGGCGCUGUCCCAGAGGUGACCGAGGGAGGCAAUGUCCUCUCCUGUCCCUGUAUCCAGUGAGUGUCUGGAGUUAUGCCUGGGGCUGUGGUGGGAGAGGCAGGAGCCGGAAGUUGCCCGCUCUCUUGCGUACAGUGGGUCGCAGAGUGGGGCUCACUGGUUGGAGGAAGGCUUUUCUUUCCUUGGUCAUGCAGACUGGCAUUGUACUUACAGUAAUUCUCCUGCCUCGGCCUACUUGGUGCUGGGAUUAGAGGUGUGUACUACUAAGCUCAGCUUGGAGACAGUUUUUCAGGGUGAUUAAAGACCCUGAGUUCCAGAUUUGAGUGAGGAUGACUUGGGAGAUGCUUCUGCUGGGCCAAGAAGCCACCAGGUCUCUGCUUUCAUGAGCCCUGUGGUCUGGGUGA